AUGGUCAAGGCGCCGCUGGCGCCGCCCGGCGGCGCCAUGCUCGUGGACCUCACGUCCGAGUCGCGCGCGCCCUUCGCGGCGUCCAAGCUCUGGGAGCAGGACCCGGCGCUCAUCGUCGUCGUGCGGCGGCCCGGCUGACAGAUCUGCCGCGCCGAGGUCAAGCGCGUCUACGCCCAGAAGCAGGCGUUCGAGGCCCUCGGCGUGAAGAUGUCGGCCGUCGUCAAGGAGGACCUGCCCGGCGAGGACGGCAAGCCCGGCGAGAUCGCGGCGUUCCGCGAGGGCUUCUGGCCGGACCUCCCCGUCUACAUGGACGAGCGGCUCGCGUUCUACGAGGCCAUCGCCGGCGGCGCCGUCACCAAAACGUCGCUCGCGACCUUCCUCAUGAAGAUCCUCAACCCCUGGAGCCGGCUCAAGGCGAACACGAAGCGCGUGCCCAAGACCGUCGAGGGCAACCUCACGGGCGAGGGCUUCGUCCACGGCGGCUGCUACGUCGUCCGGGGGAAGACGGGCGACGUCGUCCUCGCGCACCACGAGGCGGAGAUCGGCGACCACCCGGCCAAGGGCGAGCUCCUCGCCGCGUGCAGGAAGGCCGCCGGCAUGGAC